UCUGAUACUGUCCCGGAGUUUGGGUUUCUCGGAUUUCCAUGUCGCCACCAAAUUCGCUUUGCAACUGCAGGGCAGAGUUCAUGCCUCACUUCGCACAGAAUGCGGUUGCUGGGUGCCGGAAGGUGCUGUGCACAUACGCCACAAUGUUUUGCCACCUGAGAUCUGUGAGGAGGUUAUGCCUGGAGAAGACGUUCCCAUGCUGGCCCCUCUGCUCGAGGGCCCUGUCAGGGGCCCAGGCAGCCAACGCAUUGAGGCCUUUCUAUUUUGCGGUGCACCCCGAUUUCUUCGGACAACACCCCAGAGAGAGGGAAGUCAAUGAAAAUUCUCUUAAGAGGUUAAGUGUCUACUUAGAAAACCUGCAGAAGCCAGGCUUCAAGUCUCUGAAGCCAACUCAGCUGACGUUCUACGUACGAGAGACAGACCAGAAUUCCCCUGACGCCCAGGAGCCCUGCAGUGCUUCCGGACUCCGGGCAGUCCGAGUGACCUUGCACACCAGGGACCUGCUAAGCACAGUGUUGUGUAUCCUCAACUCCUGCAGCUUGCCUGUCGAGCACCUCCAGAGCGUGAGCACCGCUGUGCACCCCCAACCUCGCAAGGGAACGAGGAGGGCGCCCGACAGGCCCAUCAAGUGGGACAGGUCUUACUACGCCUUCACCGGCUUCAAGGACCCCGACGCAGACCUCGAACAAGUCUCAAGGGUGGAAACGACCCUGAUAACCUGGUUAGAUAACAAUGGAAAAAGUGCUAUUAAAAAGCUGAGGAACAGUUUACCGCUGAGAAGAGAACUAGAUCGUUUGAAAGAGGAGCUGUCUCAUCAGUUGCAACUGGCAGACAUCAGGUGGCAGAGGAGCUGGGGCGUGGCCCACCGCUGCAGCCAGCUGCACAGCCUGGGCCGCUUAGCGCAGCAGAGUUCAGAAGCACUGAGAAAGGCAAAAGGGUGCACGGUCAUAUUCACAGACCGCUCGGGCGUGAGCGCCGUGGGCCACGUGAUGCUGGGGACAGUGGACGUCCACCACGACUGGGCCAAGCUUUUUGAAAGGUUGCCAAGUUACUUUGACCUUCGGAGGAAGCUGAUGCUUCUAGAAGAUCAAAUAAGCUACCUUCUAGGGGGCCUGCAAGUGGUGUAUCUCGAGGAACUUCAGCCGGUGCUGACCCUUGAAGAGUACUACUCUCUCCUGGACGUCUUCCACCAGAGACUGCUGAGGAGCAGAGCCGCUUUCCACCCCCGCAGCCUGCAGGGCCUGCAGAUGAUCCUCGACAGUGACAGAUACGCCCCGAGCUUGCACGAACUCGGGCACUUUAAUGUGCCCGUGCUCUGCGACCCGGCGAGUCUCCGGUGGUUCAUCCUCGCUAAAGCUCAGCAGGCACGAGAGAGGACGAAGAGGAAGGAGGAUCGCCGGCCCUUUCUGGACCUCACCCUGAGCCCCUGCCCUCGGACAUGAAGACCGCUGCUACCCCGUCAUCAGCGGGCGCCAGAGCUGACGACCAGCACAUGUGGUGGGCCCCGGCACCAGAGCGAGCACCCCGAUGCUGCCUAGGACCAGGUGGCCUGACUGUGACCCCGUAAAGCCCAGAGCCCCCGCCCGUCCAUCACCCUGCACCUGGCCCCUCCUCCGUGUACUCUGGGUCUGAAUUCUUUCGCAGCCCGCCACUCAGGCCACCCUAACACCUCCACCCACCCUGAGGAGCUGGCGGGCCUGCACUCCCCUCUCCCAAAGGUGGCCAGGCCCUGGAGGGCUGCCCCAGCCUGGGUCUGACCUCCGGGCUUCAGGACCCUCUCGCUCGCUGCUUGGCUCAGCCGGACCCUCGGAGCACGGCCACAGGUGCUAAGGCUGGGUGGAGGGGAAACCGAGGCCAAGGAGCCAGAGUCCUGCCUGGGUCCCAGAACCUGCACCCUGAGGCCCUCGGCGGGACGGUGGCUCAGCCCCGCUCCUCCCACAGAGCUCCUGGGUCAGCAGGCGAGGCAGGCUUGGGAGCCGGAUCCCCCUCAGCUUUCUCCUGGAAUAUCUUGGAAGCUCCUCAGGAAGGGGCAUGGACCUCCUCUGACCUCUGACCUCUGUCUGUCCCACCUGGCGUGAAGGGCCUUGGAGCCUUGGGCCUAGCCAAGAACCAGUGAGACUGGGAGUCCCUGCGUGGGAAGAGCCCGCUGGGCUGCCGUAGGGGUGGGCUGGGAGGGUGCUGCUUCUUGGUGGGAGCUCGCUGGCGAGGCAUCUGGAGCACCUGGCCUCCUCCCUGGGGACUCUCCCCCUCCUGCCCCAGAAGUCCACCUCCUGGACACCUGGCAGCUUGAGCUCCCAGGGAAGGGACCCGGGUGCCCCGGACAAACCUGGGGGUGGAAGGGGUGCUGCCAGGGUGGCUGUGGCUGGGCGUGUCUGCGCCCCUCCGGUGUCCACCCUGAGACACCACCUGGAUCCAGCCACUUCGGGGCGUGGAGCUGCCUGGGCAUCCAGGGACCCGAGGUGUCUCCGAGGCUGCUCCUCCACACGGGUCCCAUGUGCCCAGGCCACUUCACCACCACCCCAGGACCCGUCCUCACCCCAGGGCUUCCUGCAGCCCUCGGCCAGCCUGACCGAGCAGGGCGGGUGUGCAGGGUGUGGCUUCUGUCCUGCUGGGCCACACCACGGGGCAGGGGGGGGCGAGAUGCAGGGACAGGGAUGGCACCAGGCUGCCACUGUCCAGAGCACCCUCAGGCACCUGCCCUACUGCAGCCCAGAGAGAACCCAGAGGGCGGAGGGCGGGACUGCCCCAAGGCCAGGUGGCCCAGGUGUGCCCCAAGGCCAUGGAGCCUGCAGGUCCCUGUCAUCCUGGCUCAUUCCCACCCUGACCCAAGGUCUGGCUCUGGCUAGGAACAACAUCCCGGCUUGCCCCAGUGCAGGAACCAAGCUGCUGAAAGACAGAGUUCAGAGCCAAGUCCCGAGGGACCAGCAGGUGGCAGGUGCUUACGUCGCUGCACUCACACUUGGCCGGACGCUGUUCAAAUCCUGCAUCUAGCAGCUUAAAACUCAAGCCAGGCAUACAUGUGUGUGUGCCCCAAAUCCUAGAGGUGGCCAUCC